GAAGGACUGGAGACAGGUCUCCUCACACGGCUCCAAUAGCCACAUUUGCAGCCUUGUCUCUCUGUCCAGAACCUGCUCCCAACUCAGGCCCAGGCUGACAGUGAACUGCGCAAUGGGUUCUGAGCUGGAGACGGCGAUGGAAACUCUCAUCAAUGUGUUCCAUGCCCACUCGGGCAAGGAAGGGGACAAGUACAAGCUGAGCAAGAAGGAGUUGAAAGAGCUGCUGCAGACUGAGCUCUCCGGCUUCCUGGACGUCCAGAAGGAUGCGGAUGCUGUGGACAAGGUGAUGAAGGAGCUAGAUGAGAAUGGAGAUGGGGAGGUGGACUUCCAGGAGUAUGUGGUGCUGGUGGCUGCCCUCACAGUGGCCUGUAACAACUUCUUCUGGGAGAACAGUUGAGCAGACAGCCCCAGUGGGCAGCGCCCUUCCCCUCUGCACUGCCAUACCUGCCCCUACACCCUGCUUUCCUUUCACCCUACUUUUCCCUCCUCAUAGUCCCACUUUUGCCCACCCUCCAGCAAGGGCGCAAGAGUAGUGGGCCAGGCCUGCAACUCAUCUUUCAUUAAAUGGUCCUCUCUCACCAGC